ACGUGCUGUUAGUUAAAGUGCAUUUUAAGCGUGAUGAAAAAAUAUAAAAAAAGCCUUUUCUCUAUGACUGCCAUACAAUGGUUAUGAAAUCGAUGGGUUGAAUGAAUAAAAACAUGGCUUCCCCAUUUUUUAAAGUUUUUCUCAUCACAAAUUGAAAUGAAUUUUUUUUCGAUUUUUGGAUGAGGAACACGAAAUAUGAAAGAAAUGCUCUAAAAGAUGUUACCGAAAGGGAAAGUCCCAAUGCGUUUGAGGAGAAAAGUGCCAAAGGGAAAAAGGGAAAUUUGUUGCGUGAAAACGUCUUUGUUAUGUGCCGUGCGAGCACGAUGGAAAAAUGCCGCGCGUUGCAUUUACUUAACAACCAAUUCUUGAUUUCGAUAGAAUGAACUUAUUUCUUUCGAAGAAAAAAGGCAAUUUGAAAAUGAUGCUGAAGAAUUUUAGAAGUUUCAUUUGCACAACAAGCGAUAAAAAUGCCAAUUAAAAGAAAACGUUAACGACAACGCAAUCAAUUUUUCAUGAAAGUCCUUGAGAAAGUCUAGUAGGACAGUGGGCUUGGGAUA